ACAUAUUUCAUCUCUCUCUCUCUCAUAUUAGUACCAUGUUUUGAAAACCAAGCAAAGGAGAAAAUGAACAUUUCUAUGAAGUUUUGAAAACCAAGCAAAGGUGAAAAUGCCCAAGGAAGAAGGAGGAGGAGGAUCACGCAUCGCCUUUCUUGAGAAAGAGCUCGACACUACGCUCGAGCGAAACCAUUCUCUAGAGAAAGAGAACGAACAGCUCAAACAAGAAGUCACCCGUCUAAGAGCCCAACUCGCUUCCCUCAAAGCCCAAAACACCGACAGAAAAUCUGCUCUUUGGAAGAAGUUACAGACAUCUAUCAACAGCAAUGAUGCACCAGAACAGAAACCAACAGUACAAAUCAAUGUCCGAGAAGAACCUGUUGCAGCUGAGGAGAAUUCAUUCUCCAGACCAGAUUCUAUUGAAAUGCCGACAGGAAAGGAAAGAGCGCCAAGAGUUCCGAAACCACCGCCAAAGCCUUCUUUCACUUCACGGACUUUAUUACACACAGCGAAUGGAAAGGAUGCAGUGCCGCCACCGCCACCGCCACCCCCACCGCCUCCACCGUCAAAAUUACAAGGUGGGUAUUCUCCAGCAGUGCGGCGGGUGCCAGAAGUCAUGGAGCUCUACCGUUCACUAACAAGAAGAGAUGCAAGAGUAGACUCUAGAGCCGGGGUUUCAGGAAAUGCAACGGCAGCAAAUACCCGCAACAUGAUUGGAGAGAUCGAGAACCGUUCAGCAUAUCUCUUAGCUAUAAAGUCCGAUGUGGAAACGCAACGGGAAUUCAUUGAUUUCUUAACAAGGGAGGUGGAAACUGCUGCCUAUACGGAGAUCUCUGAUGUGGAAGCGUUCGUUAAAUGGCUAGAUGAGGAACUGUCCUACUUGGUCGAUGAACGGGCUGUGCUCAAGCAUUUCCGACAAUGGCCCGAGCGGAAGGCAGACGCAAUGCGAGAAGCUGCAUUCAGCUAUCGUGAUAUGAAGAAUCUUGAAACUGAAGUAUCAUCGUUCCAUGACAAUCCCCACCAGCCUACGCCCAUUGCGCUCAAGCGGAUGCAAGCAUUGCAAGACAAAUUGGAAAGAAGCGUUCACAACGUAGAGAGGAUGAGAGAUAGCGCAAGCAAGAGAUACAAGGAGUUCCAAAUCCCUUGGGAGUGGAUGCUUGACACUGGGAUUAUCAGUCAGUUGAAAUCGAGUUCUAUGAAGCUGGCUAAGGAAUACAUGAAACGCGUUGCUACUGAAUUACAAUCUAGCGGGGGCAGCAAGGAGGAGGACCUCAUACUUCAAGGCGUCCGGUUCGCCUUCCGAGUGCAUCAGUUCGUAGGUGGAUUCAACGCCGAAAGUAUGCAAGCAUUUCAAGAACUAAGGAAAGUCGCCAAGGGCUGAUGCUCAGAAACAAGAAGCAAUCCUUCUAUACUGAAUCAGUGUCAUUACAACGAACACGGUGGUUGCUUAUUCCUUCAAUUCCCAACCAGUGUCAUUACAAAACCACAGAAACCGUCAUACUUACAAACAAAGGUGGGCCCAUAGUUGCCUACCUUCAAAACAAGGGUGUUCGACCGUUCACCCAUAUCAUGAUUCUUGGCCAGUACCAGCAAAUCAGAUCGUCUUGAAAACAUUACAAUUAGUAGUUUCUAUGGAGAAGAAGAUUCUGCAUAAUUUUGGUUAUUUUCUGAUAUUCAUGCACUGUUCCGAACAUAUAUUCUUUUUUAUAUAAUGAGAGUGUGAGCAUGCCAAACAGCUCUAAUGCACCCAAAAGCCUCCCA